AUGUAAUAAAUUUGUGACUUUCAUUUACGUUUCAUAAAAUAAGUCUGUUGUGAAAAUCAAUGUUCAUCAAAACUUCUUUGUGAUGAAUGUAUAAAAUCAAACAAUGAUCAUGCAGGUCAUAGGUUAGUUGAUUUAUAACAGUUUAUGAAUUUAGCAGAAUAGUUUUUAAAAGGAGGAUAGUACAUAUAUUAAUUAUAAAUUCAUAGUCCAGAAGUUGUAUUAUAUGGUGCUGAUUUAAAUACUAAAACUAAGAUUUAUGUUUCAAACACUCAAGAUAUUAAGUAAGAAAUGUAAGCUUAGUAUGUUAAAAUUCUGGAAGAUUAGAUUUAAAAAUAUAUAAAUCAAUUAGUUGAUGGAAUCAAAUAAGGUAAAAAAAUGAUUAUAGAUUUUGUGAAUUCAAUUAUAGAAGAGAGUUUUUCUUCAGCAGUUUUAAAGUAUUACUUUAUCGAAUUAUAGUAAUCGAGAAUGUAGUCAUAUGAUUAUUAAAGGUGUUUUAUAGGCAUUUGAGUAAAAGAUAUCAACAAAAGAUGGAAAUAAUUUAUUAUAUAGAUUGCAUACAGGAUAAUUAGAAAAAGAUUAUUAUGAAAAGAAAGUAAAAGAUUUUUAAUUUAUAUUUAGAUACAAGGUUUAGUAGAAUUGUUUCAAACUCAUUUAUAAUAAAUUUUAGAACCAUUAGGUAAUUAAGUGGAGAAUUAUGCAAAAUAAUUUCUAUAGUAAAUGGAAAAAGUUAAAGUUUCUGUUAAAAAUGAACAUUUUAAUAUGAAUAGGACAAAUAUGCUUGCAAAAUAAUUUAAAAUUAAAGAUAUGGUAAUUGAUUAAAACCUUUAAUUAAAAGUUGAAUAGCCAAAUUAUAUUUCAAGAAAACAUAAUGUAUCAUUACCACCACCUCUACAAAAUGAAAGUGAAUAUUAGAAUAUAUUUAAACUUAAAACUGCUAGAAUUCCUAAAUAAAGGAAAUUAGAAUUACUUAAAUCUUUAGACUUUAUGCAUCAUACAGCAAGAAGUGAUUCAAAUAUGUAAACAAUUUCAUAAAUCACUCCCUAAAAAGCUAAAUUAGAUAAUGCUGGAUAAGAUCUUAAACGAAUUAUGGUUGUUAAUUCAAUUCAUUAAAAUCUUCUUGAUGUCAUUAGCAUAUAAGGUAACAUAUGUAUGACAUCUGGAAAAGAAGGCACAUUGAAUCUAUUUACUAUAUAAAUUGAAGGAACUGAUAUUUCUAUAAUAAAUCAACAUUAAAUUAAACCCCAUCAAGAAUUAAGAGAUGUAGAAGUAUGUUAAACUCCAGGAAUGUUUCUUACAGUUGGAAGAAACAUCAAAGUAACAAAUGAGAAAUAUGUUGAUUUGGGAUAUAUUGUGAAAUUAUUUCUAUUUCAAGAUAUUAAAGACAUUGAAUUAUUGACUGAAUUUAGAGAUCUUCAUAAUUAACCUAUUGAAAAAUUGAAAUUUAUCAAUGAAAAUUAUAUCAGAACAAGAAUAGAAUAUUCAAAAUUUAGUAAUGAAUUAGAAUUUGCAUCUCAAACAAUUGACACAAUCAAAGUAUGGAAAUUUUCAUUUGAUAGUUCAAAAAUAUAUGAAGGUGAAAUGUAAGAAAUGUAUAAAAUAGAGGUUAAAUAAUAAAUUAUUAAAUGUAUUGAAUUUUCUAAUGAUUUCUUAAUUUUAACAACCAAAUAGAAUUAUUCCAUAUAUCAUAAGACUACUUUAAUUAAAUAAUAAGUUUAAGGGAAAGAUUUUAUUGUAAAAUCUAAGGUUAUUAAUAAUAAUAGAGUUAUGAUAUUAAGUAACUAAGGAGUUAUAACAAUAUUGGAUAUGUUGAAGAUUAAAAAUAAUGAGAAAUCAUUUGAACCUCAAAAAAUAGUAAUAUAUAUUUAUAAUUAAUCAAUUUUAGAAUAUUAAAAAAUAUUUGAGAUUGAUCCUAUUUGAAAAAGAAGAAAAAGAAGUCGAAUUUAUAGAUUGCAUAUAAAUUAAUUAAAAAUUCCUUGUAUUUAUGCAUAGUACAGUUUAUGAUUAUUUUCUUACAUUAAAUAAAAACUUUGAAGUAAUAAUUACUUUUACAAAUUUAGGUAGAAAAUAGAUACAGAUACCCACCAUCUGAGAUAAGAUUAUUAAAAUGCUUAGAAUUCGAUAAAUACAAUCUAAUCAUAAGUGUUGAAAGUAAAAAUGACUUCGGGAUUUGGAACAUUGUUUUAAAAUGA